AAUAAUAAAUAAUAAAAAAAGAAAAAAACAGGAACGAGUUAAAUCUCGAGAAAGAGCGCAGCUGAAUGCUAUCUCAAGGGGAAAGAAAGGAAAGGGUGGCAAUUUUUUUUGUACGUAAAAGUGUAGCGCGUUUGUAAGGGGAUGCACAGCCGCAUGGUUCAGCAUAACUGAGCAAGAAUUUGUGCACACAGUGAGACGGGCAGCUAAGCGGCUAGGCCGAACAAAGGCCAACCGACUAGGCCACGCGAACUGCCAACUGGCUAGGCCGCACGAACUGCCAACCGGCGUGACCAAAUGGCAGAGGACAAGUCUAGGAAGGGGGCCUACAUUAACAACCCCGAGUUCCCGUACAAAAACCUGAACAUCAAAAAGAUCGAACGGAUAAGGAAAAGCGUCAGUCUAGGCAGCCAGUUUUUCAACCACAAAAAUCCAAUUAACGAUGAGUCGGGAGGAAGAGAACCCGUUCCCAGGCAGGGCAAUUCGCAAAAUUGCCCAAAUAACUUAAGCAAAAAAUUUAGUAAAUCGAAAAAUUUUAUAGAGAGAAACAUUGAGAAGAUAUCUAGCUUAAGCAAAAAGAAUGACAUGUUUUUGAGGACCAAGAAGACAUGUAACAGGAGCCACGUGGUGGGUUAUGACGUAUAUAAGGAUUCAAAGGGGGGCGUAAAGGAGAAGGCCACCACAGUUUUGGGCGCCGGCCCGCUUAAAAAUAGGGCCACGGGGGGCACUGCUGGGAGUAGUGCUAAUGGCAACCAAAGCGGCAGCCACAACGCUUUAAGCAAAACCCCAGUGAACCUUCUGAAACAUAAAACCACGCUCGUCCAUGCAAAACACAAAAGCGCAGAGUGCGAUUCGGCCAGAAACAAGACGUCUUCCGCGAACGGUCAUAACAACGCGGAGGAGGCUCUCACAAUUGCGAGAAAGUUCCCGGGAAUAGGUGAGAGGGGGAAUAAGCAGCAAGUGGCCACCAAUUUUGAGAGGUCCAAAAGCUUUGCCAGGCACCACGACGUGGGCGGUGGCGCGGCGACCUCCACUGCAAAGCUUGGCAGCUAUGCGGCGAGUCAUGCUGCUUCCAACCAGGCAGGCGCGAACUAUGGAAGCGCGAACCACAGCAACAGUAAUACUCUUCUCAGAAGGCAGAAAACACUUCUGGGUGAUGACACGAUAGGCCAAAAUCGCAGGGAGAAAGCGCCCCCCCCAAGAAUCGCCAGCAGAACGGCGGGUCACGACAGAAGCGAAACGCAUUUGAGGAAAAACACACAGAUAAGCAACGGAAUGAUAAAAAAAAACGAAUGGGUUGAUGUGAAGAAUAACAUAACCCAGGGGGAGGUAGCCAAAAAGAAGAAGCAACAAACCAAUGCACAUGUCGCACCUUACCACGCAGAUAAGGAUGUACAUGUCACAAAUGAAGGGGAAAAAAAAGUGGAAGAGAGAUUAAAAGAAAGCUCAAAUGUAGUGUCACCUUAUGAAGAGCAUGAAAUGGAGAAUAAAGAAAGCGAUCAUGUGAGGGAUAGGAAAAUAAAACGAGAGGGCACCUUAGAAAGUCAGAGAAGUGCAGACAACGAGAUUGGACAGCAAAAAUAUGAUGCUGCUGGUGAAGGGGUGCUUAUAGAUUGUACGAACCUUCAGCGGAAACUUAAAUCGACAGAUGAAGGGGAGCAUAUGUACACGCAGAGUAAUUUCCCAGGUGGUUACCAUUACGGUGGAGGUGGCCUUCAAAAGGGUGGUCGUGGAGGCGAUGAGAUGUGCGAAUCGGGCGCGGAAGAGGAUGGAAAUGAGGAACAUGACGCAUCGGAUGGAGACAACGAAGUGGAGGAAGCGAAAGGGAGUGAAAGAGAUCACACCUCGCAGGAAGAGACCAAUAAAGCAGCACCACCAAUCUGUAAUAGCAACGACGCAGGGGCGGGAAAAAAAGAAUUCCCAGAAAAAUCGAUAAGCCUAAACGAUAAUUCUUCCCUCGAUACGGUCACAAAUUAUAGUGUGCAAAGUAAGAAGGACUAUCAAAGUUGGGGGGGAAAAAUGAAGCAAAAAAUUGGAACAACUAAAAAAAUGGGAAGCGUUGACUAUACCUCCCAAAUGGUGCACAACGAAACGGGUAAAGCUCUCUCUUCUCAAUAUGCACAUUUGGACUCACUUGGGAAGAAGACAAAUGAAGAAAGACUUACAGGUAAUAAAAAUGUGAACGAAUUUUUUGGAAAUGUUAGAAGCAGCUUUGGAGCAUUUGACGAAUUGCUGUCGAGGCGGCUGGCCAACUUAAAAGGGAGAAGCCUCCCACCAAGUGGAAGGUAUGUGCUGAAUGGGGCGAAGGAAGAAGGUGCCCACAAUGGUAGUGCAACGAUUAGGAGACCAAAUGAAGGUCUCCCCUCGCGUGAUAAUUAUUCCUUAAAUGAGUAUCGGGUCACUGGGGGAAAAUCCAUGCAGGGGGAUUUUUCGGCCAAAUAUAGGGAAGGACAAAGUGACGAAAUGGAGAAGCCCACUGAGGAGUCAAAUGAGAUGGCGAGGACAUCCAUCAAGAGUGAAGAAAAUUUCCCCUUCGAUCGAAAUGGCUAUAAUUAUGUCAAAAGAGAGGGGCAGAAGGAGACAGAGCAGAUUAAGCAUAAGCAACAAGCGAACAUACACUACGGAGAAAUGAUAGCUAGCCAAAUGAAGACGUUAGAUGAUAGGCCCUGUGAUGAGUACGCUAAAAAAAGUGACUCUGCACGCUCAGAUAAAAGCUUGUCAGAUCCGCCGUCAGUGCAAAACGUGCAUAACGUGCAGGUGCGCACAUGUGGCAACGGUUUGGAGAAUGCGGUCGAGGAGGGGGACUCCCCAACGGAGGAAAGAAAUCCUCUAAAUGAGGACACGCUUAAGAAAGAGUUGGCCAAUUCGUAUGACUACGAGUUUUCGAGCUCGCGCAAAGCGAAUCAUAGCCUUUCUGGAAGUAACUUUUCUCCGCUGCACAAAAAUUAUUCGACCGAAGGGGAAAACCUGGGCAACGAGGACGGGGGAGAAGCGCACAGCGACGAUGAAGACUACAAGUCGGUGACGGAGAAGAAAUCGACGGAUGAUGAGAUGGAGGAAAUGGGGGAGGAAAACGAGGAAGCAAACGAGGAGGCAAACGAGGAGGCAAACGAGAAGGCAAACGAGGAGGCAAACGAGAAGGCAAACGAGGAGGCAAACGAGGAGCUAAACGAGGAGGAAGAGGACGAAGAAGAAGAAGCGGGGGAACUACCCAAUGAUCUUCCAGGCGAUGUCGAAGACACAGCGGAUGACAAACACUCCGGUGGGAGCAGCCCCGAAGAACAGUUUUACGGCGAAGAAGGACACCCCAAGGAGCCUACCAGAGGCUAUUUUGACAAGAGCAUAAAUGAAGACUCAGUGGAGAAGGAGCAUCUGUACGGGGUUCUCGAAAGUGAGAAGAUUCCCAGUAGGGUCUUCUUAGCAGUAAAUGGGAAAGAAGCGCAAAAAGGUGUGCAAAAAAUUGCGCACGACGAUUCGGGGCAAUUUAAUAAGUUGGGUGGAGAGCCCUUCGCAGGCAGGCGCGGAGAAGUCAGGGCUGAGGAAGGCACAGAGCAUCGUGCAGAUAAUCCAGAUACGCCAGAUGAGGAUAAACACAAGUUCCUGUGCAGCUCCAACGAUACAUACCACGUGGACGUAUUGAAAUUGUACAAUAAUAAGCUAUCCCACGAAGGGGGGAACAAAAAGAACAAUAAGCUUAUAAACAAAAAUAUGAUUUUGAAGGAGAUAUUCGGCUCGAACUAUGAGUCCAGCUUGAAAAAGGAGCUGAACGAGUCGAGCAAUGUGGUGGGCGGCGAGGAGGAGGAAGCGGCGGAGGAGGAGGUGGAUGACGAAGCGGAGGAAGAAGUGGAGGAUGGCGCCGAGGAAGACGCAGAAGAAGAGGCGCAACAUUACCCACACGAGGACACAACCCAGGAGCCGUCGAACAAAAACGCUGCACCCAUAAGCGAUGGUAAGUACGACCAUUAUGUAAGCAACAAAUCGAUCGGAGGAGAUGCCCACGAGCCGUUCGAGUCCCAGUUUGAUAAAAGCAAAAGCGUGGAGAAGGACUCAUUUGGAAGUGAACUAGCCAACGACGAGGACUCGUUGCUUAAAAGGUAUGAGGAGAAUUCCUCCCCCCUGAUUUUAUCCAAGCCGUUGUUUAACGACAAAACGAGUGAAAGCAGUUAUAACACAAGUGUGUUAAUGGGCCGAGCAAAAAAGGAGUCUCUGACAUUUAGGGAUACCACCGCAGGGGGAAAUAGCCAUAAGGAGAGAAACCGGAACGGUGAGGUGCUCUUAAAAAAGAAAGGGCUUCCAGAUUUAGAGGACACGCCAAAUUACACAGAGGAGAAGCGAACGCACAAUGCUGAUGAGUGUUCGAGCGAAUAUAAGGAAGGAGGAUAUACGUCGGAGGCAGAGUCGGAGCAGGUGGCGGUAGGUAAAGCGCAGGACCCAUCGAUGCAUUCACAUGUUGUGACGAAUGGGUGGGAGGAAUAUUACCACGUUGGGGGAGACAGGUAUGGGGAGAGCAGCGAUGCGAAGAGGGCGGAAGAACCGGAGAGCGAAAACGAAAUGGUCAACACGGAUGGGGUGGACGUAAAGGCAUCUUCGGAGGAAGUCAACAGCAGAGCACCAAAUGAAGAGGAAGGGGAACGAACGGAUGGACUCUUUGCAAAAAAGAGAAAGGGAAGCGAGCAGCCAUAUGGCCAUUACAUUGAUGAGUAUGAACAAGACUACGCGGUGGUGAACCGGGAGGCAGGCGAAAGGAAGAGAAAGGAAGUAGACGAGGGAAUGGGGAAGCAUGAAGCAGGGAGGGACAGCCAAGGUGGGCAGUACCGCAGUUAUAAGGACUACGUAAAGGGGGAAGAACUCAGGGGAGAGCGCAUGGGAGAACACAUGGAAGAGCGCAGGGAAGAACACACAGCAGGAGCAACGGAGGGUAACCCACUGCAGCCUCACAAAACAGCGUGGACGCGAAAAGCGCAACGCACUAGCGACGGAGUGGCGACCACAGAGAAUGGAUUAACACACGGGCAUGGCGAAAGUCAUGGGGAGAAGAAAAACAACGCCAUUUGGAAAUACAGGGAUAAGAAGUUCCUAAUCUAUAGAGACAAACUAUUUGAGGAAAAAGAAAAGGAAGCAAGGCAAAGGAAGUCCCACUUGAAUGACCAACUGUUAGACGCGCAUUAUGAAAAACAGUUGGAUGUAAAUAAGGAGAGGGAGUAUCUGUUCGACUCUAUGAGCGAUAAUUAUAAUUAUGGCUACCUGAGGAAGGGAAGGAGUGGCAAGAGGAGCUCCCAGAUGAUGAAUUUGUAUGAAAGCAUUAAAAGCAGAAUGGAGGCUAGCGGAAAUAAGGAAAGUGGCAGUAGCAACUUGAAGAGCGUCAUAAGUGACGACUACUAUUUGGACUACAUAAAGAAUAGGAGAAAACAUAGCCACAAAUAUGAAGGCGAAAAGGGAGGGGUGGGUAACUAUAACAAAGCGCAGCAAAGCAGCAACGAAAACGAGCUCACGCUAAACAAAAGGAAGAGGAAGAAUAUUUUCGAAAGUGACAGCCUGAUAAAUGAUAGCAAAGAUGAUGCAAAUUUUAAUCUGCAACGUAAUAAUAGUGAAUUCCUGGAAGAUGUGAAGAAGAAAAUAAAAAAAAUUGACCACAUAGAGUGUAGCCAUUUGUCCUAUGGGAACAGCGAAUGCUCCAAGGCAGCUGCGUUGUACAGCAGCAUAAACGAAACUACCAAUAGUAGCCACACCAUCGUAUCGAAGAGGAGCAAAUACAUUUUGAAACACUCGAAUGCUUCCUCCCUUUAUGAUGACGUCCCUUUGUUUUUUAACUUUGUUAACUGCAGCUCAAUCGUGUUAGGCUCUGAAAUUAUAUACGUCACAGAUGAGACGUAUGGGAAGUGCGAGAAUAUUUUAAAAGACAAACCGUUCAACACGGCCAACGUGGAGAGGGGUUACUAUGAAGAUUGCUCCAAUGACCUCUACAAUGUUAGGAAUACCAAUUUGAGCAUUGGCAUAGGCCAUCAUAGGGAGCGCCUCGACGAGAGGGGUGGCCAAGGGAAGGUUGCCCAUUUGCAGGGCGAACAAGUGAACCGUUCUGGUGAGGAGAGAACCGGUGGAGGAGGAAGCGGUUACCUCCAAUGUUCCGAAGAGUCAGCUAAAUGGGGGGAGUGCCCGGGGUGGCUCACCAAAAGGAGGAUAAAAAAAUAUUUCGAUUUCUGCAUAGUGAAGCUGUGCAAACCGACCCUCAUCAAAGGAAUAGACAUUGACACGAAUAAUUUUUUGGGAAACUACGCUCCGUAUGUUUCUAUCGAAGGGGCGUACAUCGAAGAUGACAUGUUAAUGAGUGCGAAGUCGUUUUCGAAAUAUGUGGACCGGGUUAAAUAUAAGAAGAAGAAAAAAAACGACUUAAUGUUUGAGAAGGACUUUUUUUCGCACCACCCCCCUCGGGGGAGGAGCGGCGAGAGGGGCGCGCACAACGAGAAGGGUGAAUGCGGUAAGGCGGGUGAUGUCAGCAGUAGGGAUAACGAUUGUAGUGCUGACGUGGAGAGGAAAGACCUCUUCCUGGCUAGCCGAAACAGCAGCGGGGAAAACCGCUACUGGAGCAACGACCGCAGGCGUCUGGGCGAGCACGUGCUGAACAAUCGGGAAGAGGUAGAGCUCGUGAUAGACGGGAAAACAUAUUUUAAAAGAAACAAAUAUUUUUAUGAACCCAUUUUGAUAGACCCCCUUGACAAGUCGGACCAAGAGUAUGAAAACUAUUUGGAAAUUCUAAGGUAUAAUGAUAAGUAUAAAAAAUUGAGGACUAACCCUAAGUCGACGUCGUUUGUGGCCAACGGGAAUGAGUACCGCUAUAUAGACAAUAAAUUGUACACGCUUGUGGAUGUGACGAGGGAGAUAGCUAGUAGGUACCCUGGAAUCCACAAGGGGUGCUUGUUGAGGAGUUCUCCUUCCCCCCUGGGCGAGGGCAGGGGGUACCCCGGCGGCGACCGCUAUGGGGAGCGGCGCGAGGAUGGCAAGCAUGGCAAGCAUGUCGAAAAUGGCAAUAAUGACGAAAAUGGCAAUAAUGUCGAAAAUGGCAAUAAUGACGAAAAUGGCAAUAAUGACGAAAAUGGCAAUAAUGACGAAAAUGGCAAUAAUGACGAAAAUGGCAAUAAUGACGAAAAUGGCAAUAAUGACGAAAAUGGCAAUAAUGACGACAAUAGCGAUAGUGGCGAAGGGGAGGGGUGCGCCCUCCUGGCGAACUCGUACAACUCAAACGCGCUGUUCCUAGACAACGACUACUCAGUAGAAAAGAAAAUCUACAACGACCUGCACAAGCAGUACCAGUGGGUGUCCAUCCUGGAGGACGAACGGAUGAACCCCGGAUUUAAAAACUACAACCAUAACUGUUUUAAUAUAAACACGUGUAAUAAAAUAUUUACGCACCUGAUUGUGUGUCUACUCCCCGAUGGGGGUAUAAAUAAAUUGAGAGUAUACGGAGAGAUAAAGAUAAGUGAACAUGUUCGGAAAAAGAGUUACAAGAAGACGAUCAACGUGUGUGACAUUUUGGAUGGAUCCCACGUCGUCUACACAACGGACGAGUUCUACGGAAAAUCUGAAAACAUAUUGAUCGAUCAAAACUCGGAGUAUGUUAUGGGGUGGCAGACAAGAAGACUCAUCAAUCGGCCCCUACGUUAUGUAGAAAAUUUGACGAUAAAUAACAUGUCCUCCAUUUUUUUUAAUAAUAACUAUUGUAUAAUUAAGCUCAGUUUUCUCACCACCAUUAAGUACAUCGAAAUUAACACCAUUUUUUAUGAGUACAAUUUCCCCUUGUGCGUUUCGAUUGACUACUGCUAUAUGAAGGAGGUACAUUCAGAGGAGAAGUCCAAACAGAUUCAAUUUUUUAGUGAAAAUAUUGAGAACAUUCAGUGGAAGGAGCUUCUCCCGUUGUCCUACAUCAAGGGGAACCACAUCAACUUCUUCACGGUGAAUGGCAGCAGCUCUGACGCGGCCCCGCUGCCCGACGUCGUGUCGUCUCACCUCCGCCUGAACAUUUACCCGGACGGGGGCAUAAACACGAUUAAGGCGUACGGCACGGUGGUGGAGGUGUAG